AUGGCUGAAAAAAAAUCAAACCCAGUAUGGCAGUAUUUCAGUGAGCCAACAUCGGGGAAGGCCAAGUGCAAUAUCUGCCAGAAAUUGCUGAGCAUGGGAGCAGAAAAAGGAAAGGCUAAAAAUACCACAAAUAUCUGGAAUCAUCUGAAAGUCCACCACCUCCAAGCUUAUAAAGAUGCACAGAGGGAGAAAGAAGAUGCAGCUGCUUCUUCAUCCAACUUUCAGCCCACUGUAGUACAGAUGUUUGAUGCUAAAAGAAAAUGGCAAAAUACUGAUCCCCGGUCCAAGAAAAUUGAUACCCUGAUCACAGAAAUGAUUGCCACAGACAACCAGCCCUUUACAGUUGUUGCAGAUAGUGGCUUCCAACGUUUGCUGGCAACAAUAGAACCAAGAUAUUCGAUCAAAAGUGAAAAAUACUACCGCACAGACAUGCUGGACAGCGUGUACAAAAUGGUUACACAGCGAAUUAAGACCCUAAUUGCAACAGAGAAUGCUGGCCCCUAUUUGUCCUUCACAACAGACUGUUGGUCUGGAGAAACAGAAUCGCUUAUGAGCCUAACAUGUCAUUUUAUAGACAGUAACUGGGAAAGGAAACAAGUCAUUCUAAACGUCAAGGCUAUGUCUGGCUCCCAUACUGGGGACUAUAUCAGAGAGAUGUUUCUUAGCAUGCUCAAUGAUUGGGACAUCAACCAAGACAGAGUGGUGCUUGUGCUGCGAGACAGUGGUGCCAACAUGAUUAAAGGCCUCAGACUGGCAGAUAUACCAGACUUAAGCUGCAGUGCACACACAUUACAGCUUGUGGUGAAAGAGGGCAUCAGCAGUCAGCGAGUAGUAGGGGACAUCAUUGCCAAAUUAAAGACUUGUGCUACACACUUUAGCCACUCUGUGCUUGCAAAGCAGCGUCUUGGAGCCAUCCAAAAAGAUCUUGGCCUCCCCCAGCACAGCAUCAUUCAGGAUGUUCCCACCCGCUGGAACUCCACAUUACACAUGUUGCAGAGGAUGCUGGAGCAGAAGCGUGCCCUGAAUUUUUAUGUUGCAGAACAUGGCAAGUUUACCACACCUCCAGCAGAACAAUGGGAUAUCAUCUCAAAUUUAAUAGAUACACUGGGCCCUAUUGAGGAAGCGACUUUAGAUAUCAGCAAGGCAGAGGCCUCCAUCUCCUGCAUUAUCCCAUGCAUAGCUGUGCUGAAGAUGGUGCUUCAGGCAGAGGGUCACACCACAAGGGGGAUAAAAACACUUAGAGAAACCAUGUGGCAAAGCUUGGAGAGACGUUUUUCUAAGAUAGAGGAUACCAAAUGUUUGGUGCUGGCAACACUGCUUGAUCCUCGGUACAAGGGCCACGUAUUUGCAGUCGACACAGUGAGCAGAGCAAAAACUUGGCUGCGAGAAGAGUACGCCAGCAUUGUGUCCGAGCAACAAAAAAGUGGCGAUGAAGGACCAGAACCGAAACGGACGAGGACAAGGGUAGAAGAGGAGAAGGAGGAACCCAGUCUUCUGGAGAAAAUGUACGAAAACAUUUUGGGGGCUCAUGGAACUCCUACUGAAGAAAGUGACGAGCACUUAAUUUCCGAGCAGUUGGAGAAGUACCUCCGAGAGCCACUAAUAGACAGACGGACUGGUCUGCCACUGGAAUGGUGGAAACAGAAUGCAUCCCGCCUGUGCCACCUUGCACCACUGGCAAGAAAAUUUCUCUGUCCACCUGCCUCUUCUGUUCCCAGUGAGAGAGUGUUCAGCGAAAUUGGGAUUAUCUAUGAUAAGAAGAGGAGCAGGCUCACUGGAGAAAAUGCAGAGAGACUGUGUUUCCUGAACUACAACUUGAAGCUCCUCAACUGGGAGUACUAAGAGAAGAGAAAGAAGAGAAGAGAGAGGGACUGGAACUGAAGAAGAAAGCCUAAAACUAAAGAAAAUUUGCACUUUUGUAUUGUUUACAAACUUACCUCAUUAAUGUCCAUUAUCUAUUGCUGUUGAUUUCUUUCAAAAGUUUUGAUUACCUCACCUGUUUUUGUGUAUUUUUAAGAUACAUAGUUAUUUAUCUAAAUUACAUACAUGUGCACUGACUGAAAGGUUGUUGUGUACUUCUGUUGUUUAAUAAAUGUUUAGAUUUUGCAAUUUUCUGUAUCCCUUCUUUAUUAUUUAACUAAACUGUUAAAUUUUACGAAAUGCGGGGGGGUGGAUAAAGAA